AAUUCCCGAGGGUGUGUAUAACUAGAAGAUGCAAACCCUAGCCUCCGUCUCCCGGAUCUCCAAAGAUAUCUCCUAUAGAGUCAGUCAACAAUUCUGCUGCUACAAUAUGUGCUAAUAUUAAUAGCAUCUUUGUGCUUAAUGGCACAAAUUUUAAGGAAUGGAAAGAGAACGUUAUGAUUGUUCUCGGUUGCAUGGAUCUAGACCUUGCACUCCGGAUUGAGAAACCCGCCGCUCUUAAGGACUCAUCUACCCUUGAUGAAAAGAGGGAGAUGGCGAGGUGGGAACGCUCAAACCGCAUGAAUCUAAUGAUCAUGAAACGUGCAAUUCCAGAAUCAUUCAGGGGCAUUAUGUCUGAUGAGGAUGAUGCCAAAUCGUUCCUUGCCGAACUUGAAAAGCGUUUUGCUAAAAACGAAAAGGCGGAAACUAGUACUCUUUUGAGCACUCUUGUUUCCAUGAAGUACAAAGGCAAAGGGAACAUAAGAGAGUACAUUUUGGAAAUGUCUCAUAUUGCUUCAAAACUAAGUGCACUUAAGCUUAUUUUAUUUGAGGAAUUGCUUGUGUAUU